ACGUAACACCAGUAUCAGAUCCCUAAACCGGAAACUGAUCAAACUGAUUUCAUCCGGUGGCUUACGAACUUUUUCCCUUUCUAAUUUUAGAAUGGAUUUAAAGGGUUUUUCAAAAGAACAUCCUAAAAUGGAAUCUGCUCACCUCCUCCAGUCACCAUUUCUUCCUUUGAGACCAAGAACGGAUUCCAGCUUUCUUUAACCCUUUUCUAUUUCAUGCACCAGAAAAACAUAUAUAUGCGUUGAAAGAUGACAAAACUCUAUGGAAGAAAGACAUGGUUGAAGGGAAAUAUGAUCGAUUGAGGACUCAAUUGUGGAUGGAAGGCAAAAUUCUGCAAAAAUCAAAGGGAUUUGGGGAAAAUUAAAGGGUUAAAGGUUGCAGUAGAGUGGUCAUGGAUUGGCUCAGUGCUUCUGCACCUCCUAUGAUAGUUUCUGAUCUUGAUCAUACAAUGGAUCCAUCUGUUGUAACUGUCCGUCCUACUGGUGUUGAGAAACCUCUACAUGAACGCAUACAUGAAUUGAAAGGGUGGUAUGGAGACAAGCAGGGAAAAAGGUUUCGGGUUUGGGUGGAUUGUGUAUUAUCUACACAGACUGGUUCAAGCACAUGGCUGG